GCUGUAAAAUUUAAACCUAGACAAAGGAGAGGAGAAAUUGCAUUUUUUAUUGGAUUUAAGGACACGAGUGAGGCCUGCUUUUGUGAUUUCAUUCCUGUUGGGACUCAUCCAUUAACAGAAGUUGUGAAUAGGCUCGAGUUGAAACCGUGUGACCUGAAAACCCCACUUUUCCUUCUGCAAUGGGGUUUUGGUUAGGGACAGCGAACGGACUCUUCCUGAUGAAAGGAGCUGUGCUGUACAGAGCUGGGCACAGGGUUUCUGCGCUUAAGAAGUGUAUAGUGUAGUUCAGGGAAGACAGUUUACUUUAUACCAUUUAUGUGUCAAUAAUUAUAAAGUAUAAUCUGAUAAAAAAAUUAUGGUCACAUUCAUUCCCCAUUUCAACGACAUCCUAUAUUUGGAGUCCUAUAUUUGGAUCUGUGUGUCCAUAGACCGUAGUUUGAAUGAUGCAGCCUCAUUUUUACUUUGGAAAAUAAGUUCUCUUGAGGCCUAAUCAGAGUCACAGGAGCUGGGGGAAAGCCCCUGACCGUGUUUCAGACACUGUGCUAGGCUCGGGGAUAGCCCCACCCCGGACAGCACAGUUGUGGACAGGACAGGUGGUUCCCCCUUGGUCAUGGUGGCACGAUGCUGCUUGGGUUCAGGACAGAACCUGAGAGCAGAAAGAAAGCAGAACAGAGGUGCUGCCACUCCGCCGGCCUGUGGGGUAGCAGAAACGGAGCAUGGGUUAUAGUCUAGAUGGAAGCGUGCAGUUGGGAGAGAUUUGGGAGGAGAGAUGACGUAUCACCAUGGAGACCAGUGGGGUCAGUUGGGAGAGAUUUGGGAGGAGAGAUGGUAUAUCACCAUGGAGACCAGUGGUGUGCUGUGGGUGGGAUGCUGCUUUCUGGGGUGUGGUGAGUGUAGCAGGGCUGAGGCCCCACGGGAGCAGGAAGUGACAGGACGUUUGCUGUAAGCAGUCAGGCCCUACUGGAGUCUGGGGCUGAGGGAGAGGAUGUUUCCCAGCCAGUGUUGGGAAGGUGGCUUUGGAAGGGCAUGAGGAAUGCAGUGGAAAUGGAGAGGCCCUGGUGACCAAAAGCCAGCCCCUCUUCGAGUUGAACUCUUGCGUGUUGACCGGCCACUCUCCUGUGCUCUGGAUGAUGUCUGAACACGACCUGGCGGAUGUGGUUCAGAUUGCAGUGGAAGACCUGAGCCCUGACCACCCAGGUACAGAGCUGUGGGACAUUGUUUUGGAGAAUCAUGUAGUGACAGAUGAAGAUGAACCUGCUUUGAAACGCCAGCGACUAGAAAUCAAUUGCCAGGAUCCGUCUAUAAAGUCAUUCCUGUAUUCCAUCAACCAGACAAUCUGCUUGCGGCUGGAUAGCAUUGAAGCCAAGUUGCAGGCCCUGGAGGCCACUUGCAAAUCCUUAGAGGAAAAGCUGGAUCUGGUCACGAACAAGCAGCACAGCCCCAUCCAGGUUCCCAUGGUGGCCGGCUCCCCUCUCGGGGCAACCCAGACGUGCAACAAAGUGCGAUGCGUCGUCCCCCAGACUACAGUAAUACUCAACAAUGAUCGGCAGAACGCCAUUGUAGCCAAGAUGGAAGACCCCUUGAGCAACAGGGCACCGGAUUCCCUGGAAAAUGUCAUUAGCAACGCUGUGCCUGGGCGUCGGCAGAACACCAUUGUGGUGAAGGUGCCGGGCCAAGAAGACAGCCACCAUGAAGACGGGGAGAGCGGCUCGGAGGCCAGCGACUCGGUGUCCAGCUGCGGACAGGCGGGCAGCCAGAGCAUUGGGAGCAACGUCACCCUCAUCACCCUGAACUCAGAAGAGGAUUACCCCAAUGGCACCUGGCUGGGCGACGAGAACAACCCCGAGAUGCGGGUGCGCUGCGCCAUCAUCCCCUCCGACAUGCUGCACAUCAGCACCAACUGCCGCACAGCCGAGAAGAUGGCGCUCACGCUGCUGGACUACCUCUUUCACCGCGAGGUGCAGGCCGUGUCCAACCUCUCGGGGCAGGGCAAGCACGGGAAGAAGCAGCUGGACCCGCUCACCAUCUAUGGCAUCCGGUGUCACCUUUUCUAUAAAUUUGGCAUCACGGAAUCCGACUGGUACCGAAUCAAGCAGAGCAUUGACUCCAAGUGUCGCACGGCGUGGCGGCGCAAACAGCGGGGCCAGAGCCUGGCGGUCAAGAGCUUCUCGCGGAGAACGCCGAACUCAUCUUCCUACUGCCCCUCAGAGCCGAUGAUGAGCACCCCACCUCCCGCCAGCGAGCUCCCGCAGCCACAGCCGCAGCCACAGGCCCUGCACUACGCGCUGGCCAACGCUCAGCAGGUGCAGAUCCACCAGAUCGGAGAAGACGGACAGGUGCAAGUAAUCCCACAGGGACACCUCCACAUCGCCCAGGUGCCGCAGGGGGAGCAAGUCCAGAUCACGCAGGACAGCGAGGGCAACCUCCAGAUCCAUCACGUGGGGCAGGAUGGUCAGCUUCUAGAGGCCACCCGCAUCCCCUGCCUCCUGGCCCCAUCCGUCUUCAAAGCCAGCAGUGGCCAGGUGCUGCAGGGCGCACAGCUGAUCGCCGUGGCCUCCUCGGACCCCGCGGCGGCGGGCGUGGAUGGAUCGCCGCUCCAGGGCAGCGACAUCCAGGUUCAGUACGUGCAGCUGGCGCCGGUGAGUGACCACACGGCCGGGGCGCAGACGGCCGAGGCCCUGCAGCCCACGCUACAGCCGGAGAUGCAGCUCGAGCACGGGGCCAUCCAGAUCCAGUGAGCAGUGCCCGCGGUACGAGGAGCGCCCGGCACCAGGAGCCCCUCGCUGGCUCCGCCCAUGGCCCGGCCCCCAUGCGCCCUGCUCUCUCGGCCUCAGCACAGGCAGCGGCUGCACGGGUUCUGCUGACGUGCGUCUGAAGGCUGCUGCCUCCGCGGGGAAGAGCGCCCGCCCUGUCAACUGAAAGAGCAGCCGCCGCUGGAGACCUUUCGUUUGAGUCAUGCUGUUGGUGUCAGAGGACGGAGGGGAGGCACAGUGCGGAGAGCGUCACGUAUGCGCGGGAAAUCAAGAACUAUGAUAUUUUUCUGUUUAAACAGCUUUUUUUAAAUUUGCUAUGGUGUUUAUAACAAAAAAGAAAAUUUGAAAAAAAAAAUCCCAGGGGAGUAGCAGGAGCCCUUUGCGGUGUGCUCUGUUCAGUGUCAUGAGGCAGGUGUUUGCAAAGCCAGCUCUCGGUUCCGAUGGGGUAUUGCUGACCUACUUUUCUAGGGGAAAUGCUCCCAAACACUGUAAUUAUGCGUUUCUAAUUAAAUAAAAUGUAUUUAUGACCACAA